AAAAUCGGCUGUAACUGACUGCUUGCUGUAGGAUGGCUUAAAAUAAACACGUAUUCGUUCACUCAAUUUACGACAUUCGCAUGAAGAAGCAGAUCAUGGACAAUACAUAAUUGUUUGGAUUUAAGCAAAAGUUAAAAUCAUACUACACACCUACGCCCUGAAUGUAAAAAAAUCGGAUAAAACACGCGGGAUUAAUUUAUUGGACUUACACUUGCUUAAGUGCACGUAUUCUUAUUAAUUUCUCAAGUUAAUAAAAGUAAUAAAUUUUUUCGAGAACAAUAUCUACUUAACAUUACACAACAUUUUGUAUAAAGUUGUAUGCAUAAUGAAUUUGACUAGAAUUCUUCUGAUCUUGUCUGUCUGUAUGAUUGGCUCUAUCGUCCUCGGGGGAACAUUGAGCAAGCGUAGUAAACACGACCAUAGUAAAUGCAGCAAGCACAAGAGCAGGAGCAGUCAUAGUAGUAGCAGCAGUAGUAGUCACAGUAGUAGCAGCAGUAGUAAAAGCUCCAAAUCGUCAAAGUCAUCCAAUCAUCAUCAUCGUUAUCACCAUUCAACAUGGAAAUCAAAAUAUCACCAUCGUCGACCAUCAGAGUAUUUCCCAUCUGCAAGUGUGGACUACGAGAUAGACUAUCCUCAAGUUGAAGAAGUCCUCGAUGGCGACUUUCCAGCUGCCAAAAAUGAUAUCGUAUGUGGGCAGUGGACAGAAUGUAUCGGUAAAGAAUUGUGUGUGAACGAGAACAACACUAUCCUAGGAAAGUCCGCAAUUAAACCAAAACAAGAUGCAAAGCUUCAACGUAAACUAAUUAAGGAAAGAAAAAUGGAAUCAUGGAAGAAACAUAUCGAUUGUUUGAGAAACAACGUUUGUAUUGCUAAACCUUCAGAGGGUUUUGUACCUUGUAUAGAUGGUUUUGCUUUCGACAGGCCAUGUUUCAAUAUAGACCAAGCCAGCUUCAUAAGUCUCAUCGAUCUUAACGUAACUAUUCCUAACGACACGGUAACUGAAAACACAAUGGUGAAUGAUAUGUGGGGCUGGGUAGACCCACUCACAUACGAUGAAUACAUCCUGGCGGGGACGGUUACCCACACAUCUAUCAUACGAGUAAACAAUGGUAGGAACCCCCUACUUGUCGCCAACGUACCCCACAAUACAGCGUACAAAUGGCCCUUCUUCGGAAUAGAGUCCGGUACGUGGAGUGACAUUAAAACGAUUGGAAACUACAUGUAUGUCGUCUCGGAAGCCAGGGAUCAUGGUUUACAGUAUUUUGAUCUUACGAGAGUCAGAGGGAAGAAACAGUUCAGUUACAUGGAAGCUGAUGGCGUGUUGAAUGUGAUUGGAGCCUGUCACAAUCUGAUAUCUAACACAGAGACCGGAUACUUAUACGCUACACCAUCUGAUAAUCCUAUCAAUUUUGAUAAGAAACGAUCUUAUUAUGCCAACUGCACAGGUCUACAUAUCAUUGAUGCAAAUAUUCCCGGAGAUCCUAAGUUCGUUGGUUGUGUGAACGCCACGGAGAAUAAAGAUGAACUAGGUAAUGCUGGAGCGCACGAUGCACAAUGUGUAAUAUACAGAGGCCCUGACAAAAGAUACUAUGGACGAGAACUCUGCUUUUCGUGUGACUUUGACUCAUUCUCUAUCAUAGAUGUCACUGAUCAUGGGUUGAACACAAAAGUGAUUACUAGAACUACGUAUGACCUCGCCAAGUACACACAUCAGACUUGGCUCUCUGAGGAUCACAGAUUCAUGUACUUGAAUGACGAAUCAGAUCAAGACAUCGUCAACGACCAGCAUGCUCGAACGUUCAUCUACGACCUAUCAGAUUUGGAGAAUCCAGUUUUAAAAAAGAUUCACGUAGCCUCUCAGGAGAGUAUCGACCACAACAACUUCGUGAAGGGGAACUAUCUUUAUCAAGCCAACUAUGAGGCAGGGGUCCGUGUUUUAAGGAUUGGCGAGGACAACGUAGAGCUGAGAGAAGUUGCUCAUUUUGAUGGAUUCGCAAUUGAUGACGUAGUACCAGAGGCUGAAGGGUUUGCUGGUGCAUGGAGCGUUUAUCCGUUUUUGCCGUCAGGCGUUGUGGCAAUGACUGAUAUGUUUACUGGUGUAUUCUUUCUAUAUAUUGACUGGCAAGGCAUCAAAAAAGUUGAAGAACUAGAACUUUAUGGAGAGCAGGUUCGCAAAUGUGACGAUAGAGUGCAGGUGCGACCAUGUUACGUCGAGGACUGUCCAUGACGAUAGACACAUAGCGACUCGUGAGAUGCUCAGAAACUGCUUUUCAGUGUAACAGUAGCAAUGUUCGAUUGUUAUGCACAAUCAUAAAGAAGAAUAUGCAAUAAAACUAAUAAACCAC